GUCCAACUUAAAUUAUACUUUUCUGCACUCCAUAGAAACCCCCGUUGAUUUUGGGGUAUCAUCGCUGAUUAGUCUUAUCGCUUUAAAAUAUUUCACGGAUAUUUAUUGUACCUGCAUAAUUACCAAAUCACCUGAAAAUGAUUAUUUGGCGGGAUACAAGCCGUCGCAGCUAACAAUCUACAUAGAUCAAGCAACCGUUAGUGAGAAAUCGAUACUUGAGAGUAUUGAGAAUGGUUGCCAGUCGUUCAUGGUUACUCAACGAGCAUCGCAAACAUUCCUAGACGAGUUCAACUUCCUCCAUGACCGAGCACUUCAACGGUUCUCCAAUAAAAAGAUGAUCAUCCUCAUCGAAAACCAAACCGCAGUUGAUCAACUUAUCCUGCAUGACGCCAUCCAUGAUAUUCCUCAGCUAUUGCUCUUGAUACCAUUCGAUCCAGAUCGAAUAGAUCUGAAAACCAAUCGAUUCAGUACACAAGACCACAGCCUUGAUCUCAUCCUGCUGGAUACAUUUGUUCCCUCACUUGGCACAUUCAUCCAUGGAAAUGAUCUAUUUCCCAACAAGUUACACGAUCUGGGAGGUCGUUAUCUUCGCUUGGCAAUAUUCAAGUAUAAUCCCUACACCAUUUGGCAGGAAGUCAACUCUACCGCCGAAUCCAACGCCAAUUAUGAGCAACAACCAGUGCUGAGCAUCGACGGAACUGAGAGCAAACUAUUCUUGGAGUUCUGUUCCAAGUACAACUGCACCCUGGACAUCUCGUUGGACGAGGCCGGUGAGUGGGGCGAGAUAUUCGACAACCGUACCGGGAAUGGAAUCAUCGGAGCAGUAGUUGAACGUCGGGCGGAUGUAGGCGUCGGUGCACUAUACUCCUGGCAUCAUGAGUCUAUCUACCUUGCGCUAUCGAAGCCGAUUUCAAGGACGGGAGUUACCUGUAUCACUCCGAAGCCGAAGCUUCUGAGUGGUUGGCUCAUACCGGUGCUCCCGUUUUCGCUGAACUUGUGGAUCGCAGUGCUGAGUACGUUUCUCUGCAUGAGCUUUUUCUCGCUGAUUGUCAACUUUUUGGUUGAUAACGUGCUGCACAAAGAGAAUCGUCGAGUAGACUUGUGCGAAUCGUUCAUGAUCAUUGGCAGCAUUUUCAUCCUGCAAUCCGUCCUGCUGCGAAUCAACCGGUCCAAGCUUAUGUCGCAAAUGAUAAUCAUGGGAUCGCUGCUGUUCGUGGGACUGAUGGUUGGAAACAUUUACAGCGGUGGCCUAUCCAGCAUCAUGACAAUUCCUCGUUACGAACGCCCAAUCGACACCCUCGAAGAUCUGGCCAACAGCAACCUGCCGUGGGCGUCCACUCACGAUGCCUGGAUCUUCUCCAUCCUUAUGGCAACGCAACCGAUCAUUGUGAAAAUCCUGCACAACUUUCAAACUCACCCGAAAGAGGUGCUACACGCGCACACCAGGAAACUCGAUUUGGCCUACAGCGUGGAAAGAUUGCCGUACAAUCACUUUGCCAUCGGAGAGUACAUCGACGAGGAAGCUUCACACAGGUACCACCUCAUGACGGAGGAUAUCUACUGGGAAAAUUGCGUGGCCAUGUCCACGAAAACGUGGCCCAUGAUGGACCAGUUGGACCAACUGAUUUUGACCAUAUUUCAGAGUGGCAUCCAACGCCAGUGGGAGUUACAGGUGGUGACGAAAUACGAGAACGAUAAUGUUCAGCUGGCCAUAGCUACGUCACGUCAUACGGAUAGUGAUGGACCAAUAGUACUGCAACCGUCCCAUCUGUUGGGUGCUUUUCUAAUGCUAGGCUUUGGAUUGGCUGCCGGAAUGUUAGCGUUUUUGGUGGAGAUGAUGCUGGGAAAGAUGGCGGAAGUUCGCAAAGCAAACCAGCGGGAAAUUUUUCGUUCACCAAGGAAUGCUGUUCGGCCGCUGUAUGGGUCGAUUAGUGGAAACAUGACUGACUUUGAUCAGAAAUAAGCUUGCUACUGAAUAUUUGUCAAAGUCUAUUGUAUGUACUUAGCAGAACUAGCGGAAUGGAUUAGUAAUGUGUUUAAAGAUAACAGAUCUUUCCUCUUAAA